AUACAGCUUUCCCUCAGCUGCCGCCAAGGUGCUCGGUCCUUCCGAGGAAGCUAAGGCCGCGUUGGGGUGAGGCCCUCACUUCAUCCGGCGACUAGCAUCGCGUCCGGCAGCGCCAGCCCUACACUCGCCCGCGCCAUGGCGUCCGUCUCCGAGCUCGCCUGCAUCUACUCGGCCCUCAUUCUGCACGACGAUGAGGUGACAGUCACGGAGGAUAAGAUCAAUGCCCUCGCCCUGGCCAACAUCAACAUUGGGAGCCUCAUCUGCAAUGUAGGGGCCGGUGGACCUGCUCCAGCAGCUGGUGCUGCACCAGCAGGAGGUCCUGCCCCCUCCACUGCUGCUGCUCCAGCUGAGGAGAAGAAAGUGGAAGCAAAGAAAGAAAUCCGAGGAGUCUGAUGAUGACAUGGGCUUUGGUCUUUUUGACUAAACCUCUUUUAUAACGUGUUCAAUAAAAAGCUGAACUUUAAAAAAAAAAAAAAAAAAAAAAA